CUGGUUUCCGUUAUAUUUGGGAAGAUGGUCAGACAAGUCGCUCAGGGGCAGGGUUUGUCGUUUAAUACCGAAAAUGUCGUUGUAAGCAUGUUUGCACUGAAGCAAUAAUACGUAUCCAACGCAGACGAAGAAUGCGCCAGUCUUCGCAGAGAGUCUAAAAUGGCCAUUAUAAGGGAACUAAAAGUCUGCCUUCUCGGGGAUACGGGAGUCGGGAAGUCUAGUAUUGUGUGCCGCUUUGUGCAGGACCACUUCGACCAUAACAUAAGUCCAACUAUUGGUGCAUCUUUUCUGACUAAGACCGUCCCAUGUGGGAACGAGCUCCACAAGUUUCUCAUCUGGGAUACGGCUGGCCAGGAGAGGUUCCACUCCCUGGCGCCCAUGUACUACAGGGGAUCCGCAGCCGCAGUCAUCGUUUAUGACAUCACAAAGCUGGACUCGUUCCAGACGCUGAAGAAGUGGGUUAAGGAGCUGAAAGAGCAUGGCCCAGAGAACAUUGUGGUGGCCAUAGCAGGCAAUAAGAAUGACCUGGGAGACAUUAGAGAGGUUCCCAUGAAAGAGGCCAAAGACUUUGCCGAGUCCAUCGCGGCCAUCUUCAUCGAGACCAGCGCCCGCAACGCCGUCAACGUGGAGGAGCUCUUCCAGAAGAUCAGUCGCCAGAUCCCACCACUGGAGAACCCAGACUUGGACAGCAAUGAGUCCUUCAAGCUGACCCGUCAGGCCCCUCCAUCCACCCGCCGCUGCUGCUAGACACACACACACACACACACACAUAUACACACACACACGCACACACAGACAGACACACACUCAUAUAGGUCUGCACACAUAUUUUCACAUGUAGGUGCGUGUAUGCAUGUGGAUGCAAACACCCCCCAUACAUGCGCGCAAUACAUCCCUCCAUCCACACACACGCAGGCUUUAAGCUACAAGUGUGAUAGCACCUAGCGGUCCCGUCCUUACGAAGUGAAAGCUCAGGCCUCUCACUGCAGAGGACAACCUCAAUGCAUGAGGCGUGCCCUUCACACAUCAGCACAAAACACACACAUAUUUGCAUGCAUGCACGCACGCACACAUGCCCAGACCAGCUUAGUGUUUCAGGCUGCAGCAGCACACCGGAUCCCAGGGAGGACCUGCCCCAACUCCGCACGUCUGACUGGACGCCCCAGCGCCAUGGACCUCCAUAGCACCGUGGAACAGUCUCAUCCAUGCCUGCCCACCACCGCACACCUGCCCAACAGGAGACACCCAACGCCACCCCCUACAGCUCACACCCAUAGUCAUUCACAAUUAGUCCCAGGAGGGAGCAGUAGGAUUGGAGAGAUGCCCCCCACAGCACUACCCUCUCAACAGGAGCCCCCUGCCCCCAGCAUCUCGCACCCAUCUGCAUGCACGGCCAGUCCUCCUGACAGCAGCAGUGUCCAACAGAAGCAGUAGGAGGGAGAGACCCCCCACAGCACUGCGGAACAGCAGACCACAGGAGGACCAACAUGGCACCACUGGAGAGCUACUUCUGGAGGAGGAUCGCUUGACUCGGCUCUGUGGGACCCACCUGGUGUUUGCACUGUCUUUGGAGUGAGUUAGCAGGGCCCAAGCCCACACCCCGUCGCACCAUUGUAUUGCACACACACAAACACACACUGGCCUGCAGUGAGCUAGCCGUCCUCCCCAAGGACCACCAGGAACCUCCAAGACCCCCUAGUCUGGACAAGAUCCAGAAGGUCACCACAGUCCCUUGUCUCCUAGGUAACAGGCACCAAGUGUGUUUUUCCACCUCUGGUCCAGGAAAGAGGAACUGAGUGGGCUGGAGGUUCCUGAAUCUGAGUCUGUGUGAACAUGUGGCCCCCUCUCAAGCCUUCAGUUAGUGGGCCAGCCCACAUCUGGAGAAGUGGGGACGUUUUUAUCCAGACGUCCAUUGUUGACUUUCCAGAAUUCUUUCAGAGGAACGUAUUACCUGCUCAUACCUUAAUCCAUGAUUGUGUACAGGUACAUUCUUUUUUUUUUCAGUUGUAACGUAUGGUAUGUAACAUAUACUAGGGAGACCUAGUUGUCACCUUUUAAAUUAAUGUUUGAUGGCUAGUUAAAUUUGCUAAUAGAUUUGGUGCAGCAUUUGCAAAAGUUCACUUGUAUGUUGGAUGUAAAAGAAGCUGUGCUUCGCUAAUUAGGCCUGUAUAGUAGACAGGCUUACCAACUCAAGAGCGUUACCAUGGCAUUUACAUGCGUUGUCCACUAGGUGGCAUCAGUCCUCUGUCAUCCCAUGAAGUGCCUUAACCAGGAGUUGAUGUACAUGUAUUUAUAGGGUUAUGUAACAUAUGUAUGUAGCGUUGUAGUUUAGACUCCUUUAUUCUCUUGUGUUUCUCUGCUUCAUCUGUGUGCAUGUUUUUUUCCCUUUGUUUGCAAAGAGUAGUAUAGUAAGCAAGGAUAACCGAGACUUCUAACGGCUUCAUCUGCUGUUGGGUUCUGAUUGGUUGAUUGAGAGUGUACGCUGGAUGUCACAAACACCCACCCGGUGGAGAUCACACAGGUAGAAGUGGACAUUGAAGCAGCCCUGUGCCCUGUACUAUAUUGAUUGGGUCAUUGGGCCAUUGACAUGCUUCAGUGUAUUACAGUAGGUAAUGAUGCACAAGGCAGCUGUUCCAGUGCUACUCUGAGCUGUGUCGUUUGGGCAUUCUUUUAAUCUGGAGAACCUUAGUCAUCAGCGUACAACCUUGUCAUGACCAUCCUAUAACACUAUGAGGUGGUCAUAUGAUUGCCCAGCAACAUUUCUCAGAUAGUUUCCCACUGCAUCAUCACCUUUACUUGUUGAAUGAAAAAAUACCUUGAAUGACUGGCCAGUGGUUUUAAAGCAGUAGUAGAAAUCCCAUCGUUGAAGGACAUGGAAGAAAAUGAACAGCCAGUGAGUUAAUGGCAAUAGCUGGUACUAUUUAGACAUUGUGCAGUCUUACCUCUCCAAAUGCAUCAGAAAUGAUCAUAAGUGGGUGAGAUUCAACAUCUGUAAUUCAUUCAUUUCUAGCACCUUUGUACAUUGAGUCUUUCAUAUUGGCAAGAAUGAAAACAUGGUCUUUAAGCAGAGCUUGUGUAUUGUGUGCCAAUCAGAAUCUCACUCCUGCUUAGUGCCCAUGUGUUACAGGGUGAGAGUAUCGUGCCUUCAAGUCUACUAGGCUCUCAAUAAUUGUAAUGCUCUUUAUGUUUGGAAAGAGAACCUAAUUACUGAAGGAAUCAUAUUAGUUUAGUUACUGUAUUCCAUCCAUAAGAACAAGUUGUGUUGCGCGACCUACCCGCUCAAGUGCCUUGUGGUCUUAUUCUCCUGGUUUCUGAUUGAUCAUGUUGUGUGUGUGCGCGUAAACACUAGUCACUCACUAAACGCAAACAUCAAUAACCAGGACCAAAUGUGCCUUCAGUGGAUUAUUUUCUGUAAAACUGAAAGAAAAAAAAUCCUCUAAAACAAACCACUAUUAAUUGUGAAUGUGUUUAUUUGUUUACCCUAAAUCAGUUAGAACUGUGGAUGGACUUGGGACCUUGACACUGAUAUGUGGUCAGAGCAUCAAUUGACUUCAGGCUGCAUGUGAUUUGUUUUGUGUCACAGUAUCUCUGAAGCCAAUCACUUUUAACUCUGAGUGGCCAAUUCCUCACAACUGCCAGAAUCUAUUAGGCCUACAUAAAAAAACGCCCAUCUGAAUUAGCGUUGUUUUUGACCAUAUGGAUUGAGUAAUUUGACAAAGGCCUACCUGAUGCCCAUAACUGCAGGCUAUCUGCUGAGAACAAUAAGAUAGGUUGUCAUUGUUGAUGGUGAAGUUGUUAUUGGGACAUAAGCCUCUUUAACCUGUGUUUUUAAUAAUCAUUUUAACCUUCAAGUCAUGCUGUUUCUUAAGAGUCCCAUAUUGAUUCGCCAGUUGCAACAUCUGACCAAGGCCUUAUCUUGAUCAGCAUUACUCAGUGUUUCACAGCUGAGAACACAACCAUGUCUAAGCAGAUAUAGCAGGCCUUUGGGCUGUCCGUGAAAUUACACUGUUGAUGCAGUCGUUGUUGCCUUACAUACAUUCGUGUGCUUUUACAUCACAACACUGAAGUGAGGAGUGUGUGUACUGACAAUAGUUGCUUGCUUGGUAUUGAUUAUCUGAUGCUGUGUUUGCGCUUCAGAAACGGUAGGCCCUAUGUGUAUUCUCUCCGCCCUGGUUCUAUAACUUGAUUGUGGUUAAUACGCCAUCACAGUCGUGCUAGAUUCUGGCUGCCAAUGCCUUCAGAUGUAGGCCUAUUUGAACCUGCUCAGUUUGUUUAUGUAUGAUCCAGACAGUGUUAACAUUUUGCAUUAAUCCUUAAUAAAGUCAUACUUUGUCUACCUUAA